AUGAUCCGAAUCUUUCCGGAUUUCAGCGUGCAGGUGACGGCCGCGGCGGCCGGCGGGGCGGCCGCGGGGGUGCCGGCCAGCGCGGGCAUGGGGAGGGCCGGCGCCGCGGCCAACGGCACCCCGCAGAACGUCCAGGGCAUCACCUCCUACCAGCAGCGAAUAACUGCCCAGCAUCCUCUGCCCAACCAAUCAGAAUGUAGGAAAAUCUACAGAUAUGACGGAAUCUACUGUGAAUCUACCUACCAGAAUUUACAAGCAUUGAGAAAGGAGAAGUCCCGGGAUGCUGCUCGCUCCCGCCGGGGAAAAGAAAACUUUGAGUUCUAUGAAUUGGCCAAGUUGUUGCCUCUUCCUGCAGCCAUCACUAGCCAGCUUGACAAGGCCUCCAUCAUUCGACUUACGAUCAGCUAUCUGAAAAUGAGGGACUUUGCUAACCAGGGGGACCCUCCGUGGAACUUGCGAAUGGAAGGUCCUCCCCCUAACACGUCGGUAAAAGGGAUACAAAUGUGGAAAUCUGAACUCUGCAUGAGAAAGACACCAUGUGAAGUUAUAGGUGCACAACGAAGGAGAAGCCCCAGUGCACUGGCCAUUGAAGUAUUUGAAGCACAUUUGGGAAGUCACAUUUUGCAGUCCCUGGAUGGCUUUGUAUUUGCACUAAAUCAAGAAGGAAAAUUUUUGUACAUUUCUGAAACAGUCUCCAUCUACCUAGGCCUCUCACAAGUGGAGCUGACAGGCAGCAGCGUCUUUGACUAUGUCCACCCCGGGGACCACGUGGAGAUGGCAGAGCAGCUGGGCAUGAAGCUCCCGCCUGGGCGGGGCCUCCUCUCGCAGGGUGCGGCCGAAGAUGGAGCCAGCUCAGCAUCGUCCUCCUCCCAGUCAGAGACCCCAGAGCCAGUGGAAUCAACCAGCCCCAGUCUGCUAACCACUGACAACACCCUUGAGCGUUCCUUUUUCAUCCGAAUGAAAUCUACUCUGACCAAACGCGGCGUGCACAUCAAAUCAUCAGGAUAUAAGGUGAUUCACAUAACGGGCCGGCUACGACUGAGGGUGUCGCUGUCCCACGGGAGGACCGUCCCCAGCCAAAUCAUGGGUCUCGUGGUUGUGGCUCAUGCCUUGCCUCCCCCUACGAUCAAUGAAGUCAGAAUUGACUGCCAUAUGUUCGUCACUCGAGUAAAUAUGGACCUCAAUAUCAUUUACUGUGAAAAUAGGAUUAGUGAUUAUAUGGAUCUGACCCCUAUAGACAUUGUAGGGAAGAGAUGCUACCACUUCAUCCACGCCGAAGACGUCGAGGGCAUCAGGCACAGUCACCUGGACUUGCUGAAUAAGGGCCAGUGUGUGACAAAGUACUAUCGUUGGAUGCAGAAGAAUGGAGGCUAUAUUUGGAUACAGUCUAGUGCCACCAUAGCCAUUAAUGCCAAGAACGCAAAUGAGAAGAAUAUCAUCUGGGUGAAUUAUCUUCUGAGCAACCCCGAGUACAAGGACACGCCAAUGGACAUCGCACAGCUCCCCCACCUGCCGGAGAAAACCUCAGAAUCCUCGGAGACCUCCGACUCUGAGUCAGACUCUAAAGACACCUCAGGUAUUACAGAGGACAAUGAGAACUCCAAGUCCGACGAGAAGGGGAACCAGUCCGAGAACAGCGAAGACCCGGAGCCCGACCGCAAGAAGUCGGGCAACACGUGCGACAACGACAGGAACUGCAACGACGACGGCCACAGCUCCAGCAACCCGGACAGCCGCGACAGCGACGACAGCUUCGAGCACUCGGACUUCGAGAACCCCAAGGCGGCCGAGGACGGCGGCGGCUUCGGCGCGCUGGGCCCCAUGCAGAUCAAGGUCGAGCGCUACGUGGAGAGCGAGUCGGACCUGCGGCUGCAGAACUGCGAGUCGCUGUCCUCGGACAGCGCCAAGGACUCGGACAGCGCGGGCGAGGCGGGCGCGCAGGCGUCCAGCAAGCACCAGAAGCGCAAGAAGAGGCGGAAACGGCAGAAGGGCGGCAGCGCCAGCCGCCGGCGCCUGUCCAGCGCGUCGAGCCCCGGCGGCCUGGACGCGGGCCUGGUGGAGCCCCCGCGGCGGCUGUCCUCCCCCAGCAGUGCCUCGGUGCUCAAGAUCAAGACGGAGAUCUCGGAACCCAUCAACUUCGACAACGACAGCAGCAUCUGGAACUACCCGCCCAACCGGGAGAUCUCCCGGAACGAGUCGCCCUACAGCAUGACCAAGCCCCCCAGCUCCGAGCACUUCCCGUCCCCGCCGGGCGGCGCGGGCGCCGGGGGGCUGCACGUGGCCAUCCCCGACUCGGUCCUCACCCCGCCCGGCGCCGACGGCGCGGUCGCCGCCGCCGCCGCCGCCCGCAAGACUCAGUUCGGCACCUCGGCCCCCACGACCUUGGCCCCCGUCGCCUCCGACCCGCUGUCGCCCCCGCUGUCGGCGUCCCCGCGGGACAAGCACCCCGGAGGCGGGAGCGGCGGCGGCAGCGGGAGCGCCGGGGGCGGCCCCGGUGCGUCCAACUCCUUGCUGUACACUGGGGACCUGGAGGCGCUGCAGAGGUUGCAGGCGGGCAACGUCGUGCUCCCGCUGGUGCACAGGGUGACCGGGACCCUGGCGGCCACCAGCACGGCCGCGCAGAGGGUCUACACCACGGGCACCAUCCGCUACGCGCCCGCCGAGGUGACCCUGGCCAUGCAAGGCAACCUGCUGCCCAACGCGCACGCUGUUAACUUCGUGGACGUUAACAGCCCGGGCUUCGGCCUCGACCCCAAGACGCCCAUGGAGAUGCUCUACCACCACGUGCACCGGCUCAACAUGUCGGGACCGUUCGGCGGCGCCGUGAGCGCGGCCAGCCUGACGCAGAUGCCCGCCGGCAACGUGUUCACCACGGCCGAGGGACUCUUCUCCACGCUGCCCUUCCCCGUCUACAGCAACGGCAUCCACGCGGCACAGACUCUGGAGCGCAAGGAGGACUGA